CCCUUUUUCUUGUCACAACAGUCGGUCUCUUUCAUUUUCAUUCAUUCCCCAUUUACAAAAUACAGUAAUAUAAUUUUUAUUAUAAAAAAAGUGCAAAUAUUAAACCUCAAAAGAUCUUCAAGACUGCUGCUUUAUAGCUAUAUAAUCUAAGUGAUUAAGAUGUCAAACAUAGACAUUGAGGGGAUCUUGAAGGACCUUCCUAAUGACGGGCGUAUUCCAAAAACAAAGAUUGUAUGCACAUUGGGCCCUGCUUCUCGCUCUGUGGAGAUGUGUGAAAAGCUACUAAGAGCUGGAAUGAAUGUUGCCCGAUUCAACUUUUCACAUGGUACCCACGAGUAUCAUCAAGAGACAUUGAAUAAUCUUCGCAUUGCCAUGCAAAAUACUCAGAUCUUGUGCGCGGUUAUGCUUGAUACAAAGGGACCUGAGAUUCGAACUGGAUUUUUAAAGAAUGAGAAACCCAUCCAACUCAAGGAAGGGCAUGAGAUCACUAUAAGCACGGAUUACACCAUUAAAGGGGAUGAGGAGACUAUAUCUAUGAGCUACAAGAAAUUGCCAGUUGACUUAAAGCCCGGCAACACCAUCUUGUGUGCUGAUGGCACCAUUACCCUAACUGUCCUGUCUUGUGAUACGGCAUCCGGGACAGUUAGAUGCCGGUGUGAGAACACCGCCAUGUUAGGUGAGCGGAAAAAUGUGAAUCUCCCUGGUGUAGUAGUUGAUCUUCCAACACUUACGGAAAAGGAUCAAGAAGAUAUUCUUCAAUGGGGUGUCCCUAAUAAUAUUGAUAUGAUUGCACUCUCGUUUGUUCGUAAGGGAUCUGAUCUUGUAAAUGUUCGCAAAGUUCUUGGCCCACAUGCCAAAAAUAUUCAGUUGAUGUCAAAGGUUGAGAACCAGGAAGGAGUUAUAAACUUUGAUGAGAUUUUGCGCGAGACCGACUCAUUCAUGGUUGCACGUGGUGAUUUAGGAAUGGAAAUUCCAGUAGAGAAGAUCUUCUUGGCACAGAAAAUGAUGAUCUACAAAUGUAAUCUUGCUGGCAAGCCUGUGGUGACUGCAACACAAAUGCUCGAGUCUAUGAUCAAAUCACCUCGACCCACCCGUGCUGAGGCCACCGACGUGGCAAACGCUGUUCUUGAUGGCACCGAUUGUGUCAUGCUUAGUGGAGAAAGUGCAGCUGGUGCAUACCCUGAGAUUGCGGUCAAGACCAUGGCCCGUAUCUGCAUUGAAGCAGAAUCAUCUCUUGACUAUGGAAUCAUUUUUAAAGAGAUGAUAAGGUCAACCCCAUUGCCAAUGAGCCCGUUAGAGUCGCUUGCAUCGUCGGCUGUUAGAACAGCUAACAAAGCUAGAGCCAAACUCAUUGUGGUUCUGACCCGGGGUGGAACUACAGCUAAGCUAGUGGCGAAAUAUCGGCCAGCAGUCCCGAUUCUGUCAGUGGUGGUUCCUGUUUUAUCGACUGACUCGUUUGACUGGACCUGUAGUGACGAGACUCCAGCUAGACAUAGUCUUGUUUACAGAGGAUUGAUUCCGCUCCUUGCUGAAGGAUCUGCUAAGGCAACUGAUGCUGAGUCCACUGAGGUGAUUUUGGAAGCUGCUUUAAAAUCAGCAUCUGGGAAAGGGCUGUGCAAGAAAGGUGAUGCUGUGGUCGCACUCCACCGUAUUGGUGCUGCAUCUGUCAUCAAGAUCUGCGUAGUCAAGUAAGACAAUUAAAAUUAAGUCAGGUUUCUAUGUGUUGCCUAAACCCUGUUUUAAGUUAAUUAUUCGGAUCAUAUGUGAUCAUGGACCAGUUAAAAUAAGAACUUAAUAUCAAGUUUUGUAAUCAAAUGGUAAAUUUGACUAA